CUGGGGCGCUAUCUAUCAGACAGAAGCCUCUACACUGCACGCUAGAGACCAUCUAGUAGUGUACCUACCGUUAGGUGUCCAUUGGAAUUGAAUCUCGAGGGAGAUCAUUAUACUAACUAACCAUGGCUCAAGCGAAAAUCCACCACGCUAAAAUGACUGAAGCCGCUCAAGGCAAAUUCAGCAGAUCAAUGUCUAUGGCAGAUCGCUCUGGACAACUACUUCAAAGUUUGGACCAGCUGGAAAUAAGGGUGGAGGCUUUACGUGAAGCCGCAACUUCGAUGGAACAGGAGAGAGAGUGCUUACUGGAUUUGAUACAAUCCAUAAAGAAUAGUGAAGAAAUGCGCAGCAUUUGUGACGGAGAGCGAGAGGAACUAUCUUUAACUGCUAAUCGUCUUCUGGGUAGGACGCUAACAGUUGAAAUCUCAGUGGAAACCAUAAGGAACUCCACACAGGAGGAUGCGUUACACAAAGCUACCUCUUUGAUUGAUGAGAUUGCAGCAAAGUUGCUUGACGACAUGGAUGGUGCCAGAAAGCGCCUGAUGGCACUGCACGCUGCCUGUGUGACCGAAGCACCACCUGUUCCUAUCGAUACAAAAUUCCAGACGAUCGUCAUCACCUGCGCCUUGGAAGAUCAGAAGAAAAUCAAGAGGCGGCUUGAAACUCUGAUAAGAAAUGUGGAUAAUGCUGAGAAGAAUAUAAAGAUAAUGGAUCAUCGGAAAAUGGAUGACUUAAACAGUGCCAAUGGCAAAUGAUGGCACUCAUACUGAUUAACCCCCCCUAAUAAAAAUAGCUAGCAAUGCUAACAUUAGCUAGCUAAAAUCCAGUGGUCUCCCCUUAAUCUUAGCUAGCUAAUGUUAUACUGCAUCUAAAGUCAAUCUGGUAACAUCAAAAUGAAAGGUUUUCCUACUAAUUGUAUUUCCAAGCCACAGUAAUGCACUUUUGACUAAAUCUUAAUCGACGACCAAUCAGAAGACAUUGAGUAGAAUGCUGUUGGGCAUCAGUCCUAAAACGAACGCUUAAAACAAUAUUGAGACGAAACGUGCCAACCAUGACACUACUAACACUAAUGUCACAUUCAAACCGUCACCACAAAUUGCAUAUAAAGUUAUUGCAGUCACAUUUUUUUUUUUUCUUCCUGAAUGUGAAGUUACCUGCACACUGCCUUAUCUAGUUGCAAUAAGCACACAGGCUGUCACUCAUUUAAGAAUUUCAAAAUGCAUCUAAAUAGUUGUUUAAUUAUCUUAGUAUGAUCACUUACAUCUUAAGUGUUAAUCCUUGACAUGGUAUCUAUUGACAAAUGUUUUGCUACUCUCAGAUCAUUACAGUAAACCUGGAUUAUAGGUCACAACCUAACUCAAAACAGAAGGUUCAUAUCUUUAUGUAGGGAUGUGUUAGGUACGUAUGGAAUUGUGAACAACCCCUCCAGAAAUAGCCAAAGUAACGGUAUCUGUGAGAGCUCUUUGCUGUGGUCACAGACAUCAUUAGAGACAAUGUACUAUGUCAAUACAUCAUGAAUAGGCAUUUCACAUGCAGGUGCAAAGUACAUGCAGUACAUGCAUGUAUGUAAUACUAGGCAGUCAUUUUAGAUGUCCAUUAACACACACAUUUAGGUUUUUCCAAAGCAAGUCACUGAUGUUUUGAAUAAAUAUGAUUUAUGUAUUCCACUUGCUGAAAGACAUUGUUAUUCUACAAUCUUUGGGGGAUUGCAAUGUUUCUACCUGUAAUUCUAACAAACUACACACAAUUGAAAAGGUGGGUAAAAUAAACAAAUAUUCUAAGUGUAGCUAAUACGUUCCUUUUUUUAAUGCUUCAUUUAACAUUUUACAAUAAAACUGUACAUUAAGAUUUACUA